AUGAGGACCAGUCUAUGGCUCUCGGAACUCACGCAUGCGUGGCACCAGUUCGACAGCAGGGGCUAUACCCAGACGCUUAUCAGCCCCUUGGGCGGCAAGGUCCCCUCCGAACCUCGUUCGCUCACCUACUUCAACCUCGAUGCAACUGCCAAGUCGUGGAUGCGUGACGAGAAAAAGAUGAAACUACUCGAGAACACUAAGACUCCGGCCGAUAUCAAUCCCGACGAGGUCCACGCCAUCUACUUGACAGGUGGUCACGCAGUCAUGUACGACUUCAUCGACUCGGCUGCGCUGCACAAGCUCAUUGUCGACUUGUGGACCCGCGGAAAAGUCGUCUCAGCGGCGUGCCACGGGUAUCGCGACCUCCUUAAUGUCCAGCUUGCGGACCGCACGUUCUUGAGUAUGCUGUGCGGCGGUCAAAUGAGGCCUCACCCGCAACCCCAGAAUCAAAUUAGCGGCCUUUUGCGCCAAAACAGACGACAAUCGAACCACGGUCUUCAACUCCGGGUCCCCUGA